UAGAUACUGAAGCCUGUUCCUUUUCGACAUGGAAAAGUUUUUCAGCACUUUCCCAACAGGUCGGUCACUGGGGCAGUUUGAGCAGUGCUGAUUCCUGACUGUUUUCUCUGAAGCCAUUUUGACUUCUGGUACCAGGUCGGAGGGGGAAAGGUCUCAGAAAAGUGUGAUGUCAUGUCACACUGAUAGGAAUAAAUUCAAAAUCCCAGAACAGGUUUCUUCCCAUUUGUCGAUAAUCAUUCCACUACAACCUCUCCCAUUUCAUUCAUACAUAGCCUUUCUCACAAUCUGAAAGUAGCCCUAAGAUGCCCAUCUGAACCUUUUUUCUAGUAUGAUUCUACUCAUUUUCCUGGUGAGUGUAUGUCAUUAGCAUGCUCAUAGAGAGUGCAGUCGUGUUUUUACUAAGGGCUGUUCUGUUGGGGUUAUUCUUGUAGGUUCUCUUCUGAAGCUCUGAUUGUACUACAUCCUUUUCCCUAUUUCUUUAUAACUCUACAAAAGAGAGUCUUCUGGAGACAAGGUGCAGAAAGGACAGAUGGAGAAAGAGUAGAAUGCAAGAUCAGAGGGCAGAGGGUCCCAGGUGCUGCUGCAGCCAAGGGAUUCUGUGCCGGGGGCUCAUUUAUCACAGCUUGUCUCCUGGCAAGUCUGUGCUGCAGGAAUGAAAGUGAGACAGAUGAAGGGAGAUCAAAGCAGGCGGAGAAAAUGGAAAAGUACCCACCCUGUCUAGUCCGUAUCAAAAAUAGAGAUUUUAAUGUGGCCGCAUCAUUUGGAGUCAGAGGAUCCUCUCCAUCUCCAAGGUCUAACUCUCUGAUUCUUUUUCUUCCAUCACAUUUUGUCUAGCAUCUAGGUGCAGGUGGGGAAUAUUAAGGGAGGGAAGUGGCAGCCUGUAUAUUAGUUGUCUGUGCUCAGGCUUGCCAUCAAGCCUAGUUCAUACCUUCCCUCUUGACCCCUUGGCCCUUUGGCCCCUUCCCCACUUGUUUGGGGAUAUGAAUAAGUUUGUUUACUGUCUGUCGACCUCGUGAUGUCUUUGCACAGACAUGACCCAAAGUCAUCAUUCCUUUUGGGCUUCUCUGUUUCCAUGACUACCAUCUCAGGGUUGGCUACUUUCCCAAGGUCACCAUGGCAACUAUCAGAGGGGAAUCAUGCUUGGGAUGCUUUGGAUGGGUUUUUCAUGAAUGAUUAGAAUGUGUGACACAAUGCAGACGUGAAAAUGAGAAGGGAGGGUGGAGGGGACUGGUUGGUGGGUGGCUGGGGGGAGAACUCCCGCCAGACAGUCUGUGUGCUCCCUCCAUACACCCAGUGCUGCUGCUGCCCAUCUCACUCUCCAGCUACAGGCUUCGAAAUCCAGCUCAUUGACUCCCUUGCUCAUCAGGGACCACGGGGUAGUCUCAGCCGGAGUCCUUCCAUGCUCUUCAGAUCGUGGGGUCAGGAUGUUGGGGGCAGCAUAGGAAGAGGUGAUGUCACAACUGCAGUGCCCUUUUCCGUGUUGCAUUUUCCAAUCAGUUCUGUCCAGGUGACUGUGCCCAGGUUAUGACGACUAAUCCUAAACCAAACAAGGCAUUAAAGGUCAAGAAGGAGUCAGGAGAGAACGCCCCAGUGCUCAGUGAUGAUGAGCUGGUGUCGAUGUCUGUGCGAGAGCUCAACCAGCACCUCCGGGGCCUCACCAAGGAGGAGGUAAUCCGCCUGAAGCAGCGUCGGCGCACACUCAAGAACCGAGGCUAUGCCGCAAGCUGCCGCAUCAAGCGGGUGACCCAGAAGGAGGAGCUGGAGCGGCAGCGGGUGGAGCUGCAACAGGAAGUGGAGAAGCUGGCCCGAGAGAACAGCAGCAUGAAGCUGGAGCUGGAUGCCCUGCGCUCCAAAUACGAAGCGUUGCAGACGUUCGCCCGCACUGUGGCCCGUGGACCCAUUGCUCCCACCAAGGUCGCCACCACCAGCGUCAUCACCAUUGUCAAAUCAGCUGAGAUUUCAUCCACCUCGGUGCCCUUCUCAGCUGCAUCCUAGUGCUCCAGGCAGCUACUGGUUAGAGGGUGGGCAGGGUGAGGGCGGGUAGGACUGGCAGCCCUUUGAGAAGGGGAUGGGGAAAUGUCUCUUGUGUUUGGUUAGAGUCUCUUCAGUCCUGUUGAGUCGAUGUGUCUCCUCAAAAACAGUGCAAACUACCUGUAAAGGGACCCUCAAUGGCUGUUUCACAGUGGCCUUUGAUGGUUUGUGACAGGAAUUUGAGCUUGGGUGUAGGAUAAGGGAAAGACCUUUUGUAGAACUACCCCAUUCAACCCCCCCUUCCUGUUUCACCCUCCUUCCCCAUUCCCAGACCUUUCUUUCCACCCCUUUGUGACUAUAGCAGAUCUUGUUAUUGAGGAAAAGUUUAUUUCUUGAGGUGCCUCUUGGACAUUUGGCAGCCAGGAAAUGUAUAUGGGACCCCAAGAUUCACCAUACAAGGGACCAUUACUCCAGCAGAUUCCUCUGUCAGCCUAUGGCAACUAUUGUUCAAGGGGACCUCUGCACCAUCUCCUUGCCCACCUGAAGACGCAGCAUCACAUCUGUUUUGUGCUUACAAUGAAACUUAAGUGGUGACUCUGUAAACAUGAUCUAUUUGAGAUGUACCAGUUAGAGAAGGCUCUCAGUUUUUAGCUCAUAUUUUCAACAGUUUAACAUAUUUUCAACUUUCUUUCCCCCUCCCCCCAGUCUCUCCUCUACCCCACCUCUCUCCGCUAUGUCCCCCAGUCAUGAGGAAUAAAUUUUCAGGUUCCUGACAUGACUAAAUGCCUGGCUUCCCUCCCUGAGCAAGACCUGAACAGAAGGCAUGUAGUGCAGCUUAAUUCUUCCAGGUGUUCCACAUUUAGAAUGCACUUACAGCCCUGUUUUAGCAGUUAGCUUAGGAUUCCCUGGUGCUCCAAUAAAGGAGGUGUGGAAAGUAUUAGGUAGGCUUUCGUGUGUGUGCUCACGCACACGUGUGUACAGGAUUCCCCAGGGGAGAUAUCAUAGCAGUAUUACCGGGCAGAAACUGAGCAGUGGCAAGAGAAUGUCUGUUCCACAGAGGACUGAUUGAGUACAGAGGUGUUAUUUAAGGAGUAACAAAGUGUUCAGGAUGGUCUCCAGAGAAUAACCAGCAGGAGAGAGAGCUUCAGCAGGAAGGAAGUAGCAUGUGUGCUGGGCAAACCAGGACACCUUGACACCCCCUUGUAUGCAAACGGGGUGACUGCUGUGGAGCACUGGGAGGCAAAAACAGUCUCGUCUUGUUCCAGUGGGGAGCCAUCCAUCACGGGACCAGCUGCCAAAACAGCAGGCAGGUCAUUGGGCACUGGGAGAGAGGAGGGAAGCUGAGAGGAGGAGCCAGCGUACUUGUUCAUUGAUUUAGAGCAGAUCUGCAGGUAGGCAUUUCAGAGCUGAUGUCAGCUUCCUUACUGCUAUGUGAAUAGUGUCUUGUGUUCUAGGCAUCUGCUUGUGGUCAGCUCUUCUCCAUGUAAGUGAGAACACCGAGUCUCUGAAACAUGGUAAUUUUGAGGGGCCCAGAGAGGAAAUACCGAAAAGAAGGGUUUUUGUUGGGGAGAAGAACAUAAGCAAACCUUUGGUUCCAAGGAAAGGAUGUGAGAGGGAUUAAAGGUGUUGUGGAGGAGGCGGGGGGAGAGAGAGGAAUGGAGGCAUCCGAUCACUGAUGCUCUGGCCUGGUGUUUGGUAGCUGAAAGACUUUGGUGCCAGUAGAGAUGUUGUCAUGUACAGUACACUUGACAUCGUGGUUCCUGUUAGAGAUGAGACAGGAAGUAGCCUUGUGUGAGCCAACAGAGUGGUGUAGGGAGCCGAUAGGGCCUAGAGAGGAAGGGGUCAAGGGUAAAGGUUAUCUUGUGUCACUGAAAGAAAUAGAAAAUGAGUGUUACAGAAGAGACUAGAAUGUGGUUGGAGGAAGUUAUUGUUGUCUUGAUUGACUAAAGAAGGUAGAUUGUGCACUCUGGAGAGGAAGUAUGUUUUGAACUUGAUUACUGAAAGUUUGAGGUUUACCAGGUGGAUCCUUGAGAAUCUAAUUGUGCUCUUUUUCCACUGCAUUAAAGAUGAGGGGAAUCUGUGCAACCUUGGUGCUCAAACAUCGUCUGAAGCCUUUAACUUGCUUUUUCUUUCCUGAGCAACUGAGCCAUCAAAGAUCUCACAGUAAUGUUUUCCUGUGGCUCCUUCCCAAUGGAGAGUAGUAAAAGCAACCUCAGAACACUUUCUGGAUGACUUUAUUAAACAUUUGGGAAGGUGUUUAUUUAGCAUUACUACUUCCAUAUCUUCCACCUCCCCUGCUAAUAGAUUGCUGUUGACUGUUAAGGUUGGGGAAUGAAACUGAAUUAGGGUCACAUUCCCUGGUCAAGAAGCAUAUUCUACAAAGUUCUCUGGAUCAACUAAGUGCUCUGGUCUACCAGGUGCAGUCUGGAUUCUUUAUGUGUAGAUACCUGUAUGUUUGUCUAUGGGGUGGGAGGUGGGGAAGAGGAAGAGUGGAAUGUGACGCCUAUCGAUUGACUUUGGGUAAGCUUAAAUAUACCACAGCCCAAGAGCAACCCUGCGCGUGGAGAAAGCUUUGUUGGGUUCAUCAGAAAGAAACCUUCCUCCCACCCCAUUUCCCCAGCUCCCUGCUCCCAUUUCCCUCUUACUGUACUCCCCCCACCCCUAAACAAAACAAACAAGCUGCAGAGGACCUUAAGGGUCCUUAACCACAUAGGGAGGCUAUCAUAGGAGUGACACAGGCCCCAAGGGCUGAAUCUUCAUUCUGUGUCUCUGCUGUUGGAAUAAAACAAGAAGUAUCUGAACUUCUCCAGUGGCACUGCCAUGUGGCUGAAUAGUUUUCCAUUUCCUGGAAGAGUGCCAAAGGGUUUGGCCAAGCUGAGAGCCAGGUCUCUACCAGUAGGCACUUGGAUUCUUCCAAAACAAGAGGCCUGAGUGUUAAUAAAGCUGUUGAUACCAUAGCCAUGGUAGGUAAUCCAUAUUGGAUAUCAAUAAGGACCACGUGGAAAUAUUUAAAGAGAGAGAGAAAAAAGUAAAUAUAUAUAUAUAUAAUUAUAUACACAUUUUAUCGUACAGAUUUUUCGUAAGCAAAAUUAACUUUUUUUUCAAGUUUGAUACUGUAAAUCUUUAUUAAAAAUAAUUGUCAGGUCAGGAGUCCCUGACCUGGCAAUUUGACCUGGGGGUAGAGAAUGGGAGUGUCUUCCCUUCUUUUUCCCUAACUCUUCUGCAAAUGAGUCAUAACCACAGGCUCUAUGGAAGGAGGGAUCUGUUGGCUGCUCCCCACACCCAGUUUUCCCUCUUCCAUUCUGAUUAGGGCUCUGGCUUUAAGGCCCAUGCAUUCUAAAUUCUAUUCUGCAUGACAUUCCUUUUGAACCACUGCCCUAGGCUUGGGGGAUGACCCCAACCAGGGCUAUAACUCCCACCAGAUGUCAUGCCCUGGCAUUUCAUUCCCCAGGUGCUCCAACCAAAUCCUCUCCCCCACCCUGCAGUCUGCUCCACAGAUACCCCUCCCAAGCAACAGUAUUUCCUGUCAACCCCCUUUUUCCAGGGUGGGUUUCAUUCUGAACUUCUGGUGUCCAAGGCUGGAGUGUUUCUGUUCUCCUUGCUUGUGAUACACAGUAAAGGCAGGUAGGUUUUUAGUAUUGUUGUUGUCACCUUUUUCACACAUUGUUGAUGCCCCCUCAGGAUGGGAGGGACAAUGCUGUGCAUGGAUGAGUCAAUUUUUACAUUGAAUUUUUGACCUGUAAACCCCUUUCCAGAAUGCAGGGUGGACGGCUAGAGACAUAUCCAAAAGUUAUAGUAGAUCAAUAGCUGUGCUUGCCUGGUCACCUGAAGGAAUUUUGGAAGUGUGGGCAGACAGCUGAUCAACUCUUGAAAUCUGAAGCUGUAGGCUGAGUAGGGAGCAGUGCAUUUAGUGGAAGAGGAAGAGAAAGCAAGGCACCUGGGGGUGGGGUGGGGGCAAGAGGAUAGUGCUAAGAGAGUUUGAUAUCCCCUGGAGAUGAUGUUGGGCAUAGGCUGGCCUGGGAAAGAGGUGACAUUUUUUUCUCUCUCUCGCCCUCCCUUUCAAAUCAUUGAAACUUCAUUGUCACAAUUUUAAUAUUUUGGUUUUCUUUUUUAAUUUAAGAAAAGAAAGUCCAUGACCUUUUUGUAACGUGGAUUUGUUUUCCUUUUUCUCUUGUGCUUUAAUCUUCUGGGACCUUUCCAUAGAAGGCAAUUCCUUUGCUUACAAUGAUAGGGACAGUCUGUUUAAGUUUUUAGCACCAGCUCAUUCUGUCCUCUGUGGUUAUUCAAUAAUUUCAUUUCAAUAUUUAUUUUUGUGCUGCUUUUUUAUUAUAAUAUAAAUUAUUGAGAAUAUACCAAGUAAUGUGGAUUCCUGUUUGUAUGGCGUAUAGCCCAGUGUUUGUGUCCAUCACUUUUCUCUUCUGACAGCCACAACGUAAUUUAUUGCUGUACAUUUAGCUGCUGUGACUGGUUUUGUACCUUUCCAAUAAAGCAUUUUUCUGGUUUUGGA